UUAACAACUAAAACCCUACAUGAUGCCCCUUCAUUUGUUUUUAGAUAACCUCAGCUGUCAUUGCUCUCUUUCUCUCUGCGCCUCUCUUUGUUGAGUUUUCUUCGAUGUCGGCGGCUACCUCAUCGUUCGCCCCAGCAGCAGCUAUAUCAGCCCCUUCAUCGUCGAUCUCCAAGGCCCUAAUCCCCGUUUCCAAGCCCUUCUGUCUAGGCUUCGCCACCUCCUUUUCUAAGGGCCUCAAAGCUCUCAGAGCCACCUCUGGUGUUACCGGCUCCACUGGGUCCUCUCUCGGCGCUAAAAUGGUGUCUGUUCCAGCCAUCAAGGCCCCCACUUUGCUUGAUUUCGACACUAAGGUGUUCAACAAGGAGAAAGUCAACCUUGCUGGCCAUGACGAGUAUAUUGUGAGAGGAGGAAGAGAUUUGUUCCCUUUGUUGCCUGAAGCGUUCAAGGGAAUUAAGCAGAUUGGUGUUAUUGGCUGGGGUUCACAGGGACCUGCUCAAGCUCAGAAUUUAAGGGAUUCUCUUGUUGAAGCAAAAUCUGAUAUUGUUGUCAAGAUUGGACUCAGAAAGGGCUCCCGUUCUUUUGCUGAAGCUCGCGCAGCUGGUUUUACUGAAGAAAGUGGCACUCUAGGCGAUAUUUAUGAAACUGUCUCCGGCAGUGAUCUUGUGUUGCUACUAAUUUCUGAUUCUGCACAGGCUGACAAUUAUCUGAAAAUAUUCUCCCACAUGAAACCAAACAGCAUACUUGGGCUUUCCCAUGGGUUUCUUCUUGGCCAUUUGCAAUCGGAAGGACUUGACUUCCCCAAAAACAUGAGUGUGAUUGCUGUCUGUCCAAAGGGAAUGGGUCCUUCCGUAAGGAGACUUUAUGUCCAAGGCAAAGAAAUAAAUGGUGCAGGGAUUAAUUCCAGUUUUGCAGUCCACCGGGAUGUUGAUGGUAGAGCCACAGAUGUUGCCCUUGGAUGGUCAGUUGCUCUUGGUUCUCCUUUCACAUUUGCCACUACUCUAGAGCAGGAAUAUAAAAGUGACAUCUUUGGGGAGCGUGGCAUUUUACUUGGUGCUGUCCAUGGAAUUGUGGAGUCCUUGUUUAGAAGGUACACGGAAAAUGGAAUGAGUGAAGAUCUGGCUUACAAGAACACUGUUGAGUGCAUCACAGGGAUAAUAUCAAAGACCAUCUCAACCAAGGGUAUGUUGGCUGUAUACAAUUCCUUGUCUGAAGAGGACAAAAGGGUAUUUGAGACUGCAUAUAGUGCUUCAUAUUACCCUUGCAUGGACAUCUUGUAUGAAUGCUAUGAAGAUGUGGCCAGCGGUAGUGAGAUCCGGAGUGUUGUCUUGGCUGGGCGUCGCUUUUAUGAAAAGGAUGGUCUACCAGCUUUCCCAAUGGGUAAAAUUGAUCAGACCCGGAUGUGGAAAGUUGGUGAACGUGUCCGAUCAGCACGGCCUGCAGGAGACCUAGGUCCAUUAUAUCCUUUCACUGCUGGUGUUUAUGUGGCAUUAAUGAUGGCCCAGAUUGAGAUAUUGAGGAAGAAAGGUCACUCAUACUCUGAGAUCAUUAAUGAAAGUGUGAUUGAGUCAGUUGAUUCCUUGAAUCCCUUUAUGCAUGCUCGUGGAGUUUCCUUCAUGGUUGAUAAUUGUUCAACAACAGCGAGGUUGGGAUCUAGGAAAUGGGCUCCACGUUUUGAUUACAUCCUUACUCAGCAGGCCUUGGUUGCAGUGGACAGUGGUGUACCCAUAAACCAGGAUCUAAUUAGCAACUUCCUGUCGGAUCCAGUGCAUGGAGCCAUUGGAGUAUGCGCCCAACUGAGACCUACCGUUGACAUUUCAGUGCCUGCAGAUGCAGACUUUGUGCGACCCGAGUUACGUGCAUCUGGCAAUUAAAGGCUUUAAAAAUCUGUACCCUGAGAUGUCCAGCAAUGCCUUUUGAGAUGGUUUGAGCGUGAAGACUUAAAAUUUAGGGGUGCUGUAGUUUUUUCAUUCUAGUCUUCUUGGUUGAACUAUUCGAUGUAUUUGCAGAGCCACUAUAUGUUCCUAUUUGACUGGUGAGGAAAUAAAGGCGUGGCAAUGUGAGUACUUCUUGUA